AUGCUGCCGUACCUGUUCCCCGAUCUGUCCACCUUUGCUACAGUCGCCGAUCUUAUCACCCACCUUCGCACUAGUGAUGCUCGCCUGCGUGCCGCCCUUCCCACCGAGUUCUGCGCUAAGAACCCCCCUCCACUGUACUGGACACUCCACUUCAUAGUCACCCGUCUCCCUGACACCCUCAGCUCAGUUCGAGACCACUUCCUUGCUCGCUGUCCCACUGAGCUCACAGUCACCCUCCUAGAGGAGCAGCUGCUCGCGGCCGAAAAGAGCAUUGUAGCUGUCGGUGCUGCUCGUGGCGCUCCUCGCACCCCCAUCUUUGAGGGGUGUUCUCCCUCUCCCCUCGCUCCCUCCUACGCUGCUGCUGCUGCUGUUGACUUCCUUGGUGCUGAGUCUGUUGGCGCUGCUUCUGCUCCUGGUGGGAGGCGCCGCACCGGCAAGGGCAAGGGGGGCAAGGGUGGUGGUGGUGGUGGCGCUGGGGGGGGAGGAGGUGGGGGAGGUGGGGGGGGAGGCGGUGCUGGAGGGAGCGGUGGCGGGAGCGCUGGUGGGAGUGGGGUCGGUGGUGGAGGCGGGGGCGGCGGAGGAAGCAGUGGCAGUAGUGGCGGCGGCGGCGGUGGCGGCGGCGGUGGUGGCGGUGGUGGCGGUGGCGGGUCGGCGCAGUGGAGUGGUAGUGGUGGCGGCGGAGGUCGGAGUGGAGGCACUGGCUCGGGCCAGAGCUCCCAGCAGCAGCAGCGUCCCCAGACGACCCAGCAGCUUCGUGAGUGGCUUGCUCAGCGUGGGACGUCGGGGGGCAGUGGCCGCUGUUCUUAUGUCAUUCGCACAGGUGACCGCAAGGGACAGACGUGUGGGAGGUUCCACACCCCGUACCGCUGCUUCUCCCGCCUUGACGACGCUUGGCGUGAGGAGAUGGGUGCGGAUGUUGAGCGCCCCCGCUGGGCUGAGCUCAUGAGGGCUGGUGUUGAUGUCUUUGCUCUUGACUAUGAUGCUAUUAUUGCUGCCAUUGCUGUCCCGGCUGUUUUCGAGUCUGCUCUCUCAGGUACAGCACCCACAGAGACUGCUCUCUCAGGUACCGCACCGGCUGAGGCCUGUCACACCUUCACCCUUGACUCAGUCCUUGCCCAGUCCACCACUGUCCUCCCUUGUCCGGCGGUUCCGUCUGGCUCGUUGUCGGGUUUCCACCUCCCCUCGUUCUCGACGAACCUGGUGAGCAACGCUGUCCUCCAGGAUCAGUGGGUUGACACCUUUACCCCUGGAGGACAGCGUGUGGCGAUCUGCACGUGCUCCAGGACCGGCCGUCACCUGGCUACGUUUACCCGUCGGCCGGGGUCGAGUCUCUACACACUGACCACUGCGUCUCCUCAGGUCGCUGCUGUCGGUCAGGUGUCUGCGUCAGGUCUGGUAGCCCACGCCUGUGAGUGUCGUUCCCUGUCGCACCAGACUCUUCUCUGGCACCACCGCCUGGGUCACCCCUCCUUGCCACGCCUUCGUGGCAUGCACCGUCGCCACCUUGUGUCUGGUCUUCCCAGGUCCCUCCCUCCCCUCCCUGCCUCGCCUGCGCCGCCUUGCCUUCCUUGCGUCGAGGGGCGGCAGCGCGCCGCUCCUCACUCCUCCUCGUUCCCCCCGACAGAGGCUCCUCUGCAGACCCUCCACCUGGACGUGUGGGGCCCAGCCCGCGUUCGUGGUCAGGGCGGUGAGCGGUACUUUUUGCUGGUUGUCGACGACUACUCGCGUUACACCACGGUCUUCCCUUUGCGCACCAAGGGUGAGGUCCCUGCUGUUCUGAUCCCUUGGAUCCGCACAGUUCGUCUCCAGCUCCGCCGCCGUUUCCGGACGGAUCUUCCUGUCCUGCGUCUGCACUCUGACAGAGGUGGUGAGUUUUCCUCCGAUCUCUUGAGGACCUUCUGUCAGGCGGAGGGCAUCGAGCAGACCUUCACGCUUCCGGACUCCCCACAGCAGAAUGGGGUUGCUGAGCGCCGCAUUGGCCUGGUCAUGGAGGUCGCUCGUACCUCCUUGGUCCACGCGGCGGCUCCCCAUUUUCUGUGGCCGUUUGCUGUCCGGUACGCCGCGCAUCAGCUCAACCUCUGGCCCCGUGUCUCCUUGCCGGAGACCUCGCCCACACUGCGUUGGACGGGGGAGGUUGGCGAUGCGUCGCGCUUCCGGGUGUGGGGUGCUCGUGCCCUUGUCCGCGAUACGUCCGCGGACAAGCUCUCCUCCCGCACGCUUCCCUGUGUCUUCCUUGGCUUUGUCCCUGACGCGCCUGGCUGGCAGUUUUACCACCCCACCUCGCGCCGGGUCUUCGCCUCUCAGGAUGUCACCUUUGACGAGUCGGUCCCUUUUUACCGUCUCUUCCCCUACCGCACUGCCCCCCUCCCUCCCCCGCCGCUUUUCCUUGCUCCUGGUCCCCCUCCGGUAGACCCCCUUCCCCCUCAGGGUCCUGCUCCUUCAGGUGUCUCUCAGGUAGACCCUCCUCCCGUCGCUGAGCCUGUCGAGGCCUGGGAGUGCGGGAGGGACUGCGGGGUGCUGGAGCUGAGGGUACUGUGCCUGGAGGAGUUGCCGCCUGGGGGUGCUGAGCCUGGGGGUGCUGCGACUGGGGGUGCUGAGCCUGCGGGUACUGAGCCUGCGGGUACUGAGCCUGGGGGUGCUGCUACUGAGCCUACGGAGCCUCGGGUUACUGCGUCUGGGGGUGCUCCGGUUCGGGGUGCUGAGCAGUCUCUCACACCGCAGCAGCUUCGUGACUGGUACGUCCGGCGCUUUCGCCGUCCUAGUGGCUCGGCUGGAGUUGGGGGUGCUGGGGCUGCUCGUCCUGGGGGUGCUCGUACUGGGGGUACUGGAGCUGCCGGGACUGGUUGUUCUGGGAGCACUGCGACUGGAGCUGCUGGAGCUGGGGACUCUGGCGCUGGCGGUGCUAGCGGAGUUGGAGCUGCCGACUCUGGGGGUGGCGCUGCUGCUGGUGCUGCGGACCCGCCUGGUGGAGCUGCUGCUGGAGCUGAGGACCUGAGCGGUGGUGCUGCUGCUGGUGCUGGGGACCCGGACGUUGGAGCUCCUACUGGUCCUGAGGACCCGGCCGCUGGAGUCUCUUCUGCUUCUGGAGACGCUGCGCGGCCGCGACCGUACUUCGUACCGCUCCUUCAGCAGGUUCUUGGGCAGGCUCCUCCUCCUUGUCCUCCUCCCUCCGUAGAGUGUCCUCCGCCUGUCCAGCCGCAGUCACAGUUACCGCCUGCCUCGCCUCUCCUUGCUCCCUCUCCUUAUACUGGUCCCACAGGAGGUCUUACAGAGCGUCGUGAGCCUGAGUCUCGUCCUGCGUCGCCUGUUCGUCCUGCUCGCGCUGGUAGUCGUGUCCAUCGUGAGCGUCCUCCUCCUGUCCCAGGCACUCACUACAUGACUCUGCGUCCCUCUACUGCUCCUCGGCGUGUCCCUCUACCGUCUCCUCCUGCGUCCUCUUUGCCUGCCGUUCCGGACCCUGAGUCUGACCGGUAUCGCGCUGAGCACCCUACAGUCACGCACUACGCUGCUAGCCUUGUUGCUGAGCCUGAGUCUGCGUCUGUCUGUCCUCCGUCCGUCGGGGGUGAGUGUGCUCUUGGCACGGACGUCCUUGAGGACAGGCAGGAGGACCUUGACUCUCUUGCGGCUGCUGUACCUCAUCUCGUGGCCUGGUUGCUUGCCCCUGAGGGAGACCCGGAUGCACUAGACAUCCCCACUCCGCGCACUUACGCAGAGGCGAUCUCGGGUCCCUACUCCUCUCAGUGGCAGACAGCCAUGGACGCAGAGAUGGCAUCCUGGAAGUCCACAGGCACCUACGUCGACGAGGUUCCCCCUCCUGGGGCGAACAUCGUCGAUGGCAUGUGGAUUUUCAGGGUGAAGCGGCCGCCAGGUUCUCCGCCUGUCUUCAAGGCUCGUUACGUUGCUAGAGGCUUCAGUCAGCGUCAGGGGGUCGACUUCUUCCAGACCUUCUCCCCCACCCCGAAGAUGACCACUCUUCGGGUUCUGCUGCACGUUGCUGCUCAGCGUGACUACGAGCUUCACUCUCUUGACUUCAGCACAGCGUUCCUGCAGGGCAGCCUGCACGAGGAGAUCUGGCUGCGCCGCCCACCUGGCUUUACUGGGUCGUUUCCUCCUGGUACCCAGUGGAGCCUCCGCCGGCCAGUCUACGGUCUCCGCCAGGCGCCACAUGAGUGGCACGACACACUGAGGACUACACUUGCGGCUCUUGGGUUCGCGCCGUCUACUGCUGACCCGUCGCUGUUUCUGCGCACAGACACGUCGCUGCCGCCGUUCUACAUUCUAGUGUACGUCGACGACUUGGUCUUUGCUACUGCUGACACUGAGGCACUCGCUCGUGUGAAGUCGGAGCUGCAGAAGAGACACACCUGCACUGACCUGGGUGAACUGCGUAGCUACCUUGGCUUGCAGAUCACCCGGGACAGAGCUCGCCGCACCAUCACCCUGACUCAGUCACACAUGGUGCAGCAGGUCCUUCAGCGCUUCGGCUUCCAGUUCUCCUCACCACAGGCCACACCUCUGGCUACCAGCCACUCGCUCUCAGCUCCACCUUCGGACGAGUCCGUAGAGCCGAGUGGCCCGUACCCAGAGCUUGUAGGCUGCCUCAUGUACCUGAUGACUUGCACGCGACCUGACCUCGCGUACCCUCUUAGCAUCCUUGCUCGUUACGUUGCGCCUGGGAGACACAGGCGAGAGCACUGGGAGGCGGCUAAGAGGGUGCUGCGUUACUUGUGCAGUACAUCAGGCAUGGGGCUGGUGCUUGGAGGACGCGACAGAGUUGUCCUCACUGGUCACUCGGACGCUUCUUGGGUGGACGACCUGGCUACGCAGCGGUCGUCACAGGGUUACACCUUCAGCCUUGGCUCUGGUUCUGUCUCGUGGCGGUCCACCCGCUCUUCCUCUGUUCUCGGCUCUAGUUGUGAGGCUGAGAUCUACGCCACAGCCAUGGCUGCACAGGAGUUACGCUGGCUCACCUACCUGCUGACUGACUUGGGAGAGCGGCCUAGUUCUCCUCCAUUCACUUCCUGGCUCGACGACCUGCAGUUGUAUCUUAUGAGCAAUAGCACGGACCACAUCUCCCUCUAUGACUACGCGUCUGGUGCUGCCGCUGCUCCUGCUGCCACAGCCGAGCUUAGUGUACGUUCACAGUGGCAGACUCGUGACGCUGCAGCUCGCCUGGCUAUUCGCAGUCACCUGCCGUUAGCUGAGCUAGAGCACUUUGGCGACUGCAAAACCGCUAAAGCCCUAUACGACGCUGUCGUUGCUCGCUACUCCUCACCUGCCACAGCCGAGCUUAGCCGUCUCAUGCUGCCUUACCUGUUCCCUGACCUGUCCACCUUUGCUACAGUCGCCGAUCUUAUCACCCACCUUCGCACUAGUGAUGCUCGCCUGCGUGCCGCCCUUCCCACCGAGUUCUGCGCUAAGAACCCCCCUCCCCUGUACUGGGCACUCCACUUCAUAGUCACCCGUCUCCCUGACACCCUCAGCUCAGUGCGCGACUAUUUCCUUGCUCGCUGUCCCACUGAGCUCACUGUCGCCCUCCUAGAGGAGAAGCUGCUAGCAGCCGAGAAGAGCAUUGUAGCUGUAGGUGCUGCUCGCGGCGCUCCUCGCACCCCCAUCUUUGAGGGGUGCUCUCCCUCUCCCCUCGCUCCCUCCUAUGCUACUGCUGCUGCUGUUGACUUCCUUGGUGCUGAGUCUGCUGGCGCUGCUUCUGCUCCUGGUGGGAGGCGCCGCACCGGCAAGGGCAAGGGGGGCAAGGGUGGCGGGGGUGGCGCUGGGGGGGGAGGGGGUGGGGGAGGUGGGGGGGGGGGGGGGAGGCGGUGCUGGAGGGAGCGGUGGCGGGAGUGCCGGUGGGUGUGGGCCGGCGGCGGAGGCGGGGGCGGCGGCGGGAGCAGUGGCGGUGGUGGCAGCGGCGGCAGUGGCGGCGGUGGCGGUAGUGGCGGUGGCGGUGGUGGCGGUCGGAGCGGAGGUAGUGGCGGCGGUGGAGGUCGGAGUGGAGGCACCGGCUCGGGCCAGAGCUCCCAGCAGCAGCAGCGUCCCCAGACGACCCAGCAGCUUCGUGAGUGGCUUGCUCAGCGUGGGACGUCGGGGGGCAGUGGCCGCUGUUCCUAUGUCAUUCGCACAGGUGAUCGCAAGGGGCAGACGUGUGGAAAGUUCCACACUCAGUACCGCUGCUUCUUCCGCCUUGACGACGCUUGGCGUGAGGAGAUGGGCGAGGAUGUUGAGCGCCCUCGCUGGGCUGAGCUGAUGAGGGCUGGUGUUGAUAUCUUUGCUCUUGACUAUGAUGCUAUUAUUGCUGCCAUGUAUGCAUUGACUGUUAGUGCCGAGGGAGACUGUUACUUGUGUGUGCCGCCUGACCCAGGUAUAGGGCCCGCUGCCCUAGUCCUUGCCCAGUCCACCACUGUGCUCCCUUGUCCGGCGGUUCCGUCUGGCUCGUUGACGGGUUUCCACCUCCCCUCGUUCUCGACGAACCUGGUGAGCAACGCUGUCAUCCAGGAUCAGUGGGUUGACACCUUUACCCCUGGAGGACAGCGUGUGGCGAUCUGCACGUGCUCCAGGACCGGCCGUCACCUGGCUACGUUUACUCGUCGGCCGGGGUCGAGUCUCUACACACUGACCACUGCGUCUCCUCAGGUCGCUGCUGUCGGUCAGGUGUCCGCGUCAGGUCUGGUGGCCCACGCCUGUGAGUGUCGUUCCCUGUCGCACCAGACUCUUCUCUGGCACCACCGCCUGGGUCACCCCUCCUUGCCACGCCUCCGUGGCAUGCACCGUCGCCGCCUUGUGUCUGGUCUUCCCAGGUCCCUCCCUCCUCUCCCUUCCUCGCCUGCGCCGCCUUGCCUUCCUUGCGUCGAGGGGCGGCAGCGCGCCGCUCCUCACUCCUCCUCGUUCCCCCUGACAGAGGCUCCUCUGCAGACCCUCCACCUGGACGUGUGGGGCCCAGCCCGCGUUCGUGGCCAGGGCGGUGAGCGGUACUUUUUGCUGGUUGUCGACGACUACUCGCGUUACACCACGGUCUUCCCCUUGCGCACCAAGGGUGAGGUCCCUGCUGUUCUGAUCCCUUGGAUCCGCACAGUUCGUCUCCAGCUCCGCCGCCGUUUCCGGACGGAUCUUCCUGUCCUGCGUCUGCACUCUGACAGAGGUGGUGAGUUUUCCUCCGACCUCUUGAGGACCUUCUGUCAGGCGGAGGGCAUCGAGCAGACCUUCACGCUUCCGGACUCCCCACAGCAGAAUGGGGUUGCUGAGCGCCGCAUUGGCCUGGUCAUGGAGGUCGCUCGUACCUCCUUGGUCCACGCGGCGGCUCCCCAUUUUCUGUGGCCGUUUGCUGUCCGGUACGCCGCGCAUCAGCUCAACCUCUGGCCCCGUGUCUCCUUGCCGGAGACCUCGCCCACACUGCGUUGGACGGGGGAGGUUGGCGAUGCGUCGCGCUUCCGGGUGUGGGGUGCUCGUGCCCUUGUCCGCGAUACGUCCGCGGACAAGCUCUCCUCCCGCACGCUUCCCUGUGUCUUCCUUGGCUUUGUCCCUGACGCGCCUGGCUGGCAGUUUUACCACCCCACCUCGCGCCGGGUCUUCGCCUCUCAGGAUGUCACCUUUGACGAGUCGGUCCCUUUUUACCGUCUCUUCCCCUACCGCACUGCCCCCCUCCCUCCCCCGCCGCUUUUCCUUGCUCCUGGUCCCCCUCCGGUAGACCCCCUUCCCCCUCAGGGUCCUGCUCCUUCAGGUGUCUCUCAGGUAGACCCUCCUCCCGUCGCUGAGCCUGUCGAGGUCACAGGUGACUCAGGUGCUGCUGCAGGUGGUACUGCUGGGAGUGCUGAGCCUGGGGGUGCUGAGCCUGCGGGUGCUGGGCCUGGGGGUGCUGGGACUGCGGGUGCUGGAGCUGAGGGUACUGUGCCUGAGAGUUCGGUGCCACCUGGGGGUGCUGAGCCUGGGGGUGCUGCGACUGGGGGUGCUGAGCCUGCGUGUGCGGAGUCUGGGGGUACUGAGUCUGGGGGUGCUGAGCCUGCGGGUACUGAGCCUGCGGGUACUGAGCCUGGGGGUGCUCCGGUUCGGGGUGCUGAGCAGUCUCUCACACCGCAGCAGCUUCGUGACUGGUACGUCCGGCGCUUUCGCCGUCCUAGUGGCUCGGCUGGAGUUGGGGGUGCUGGGGCUGCUCGUCCUGGGGGUGCUCGUACUGGGGGUACUGGAGCUGCCGGGACUGGUUGUUCUGGGAGCACUGCGACUGGAGCUGCUGGAGCUGGGGACUCUGGAGCUGGCGGUGCUAGCGGAGUUGGAGCUGCCGACUCUGGGGGUGGCGCUGCUGCUGGUGCUGCGGACCCGCCUGGUGGAGCUGCUGCUGGAGCUGAGGACCUGAGCGGUGGCGCUGCUGCUGGUGCUGGGGACCCGGACGUUGGAGCUCCUACUGGUGCUGAGGACCCGGCCGCUGGAGUCUCUUCUGCUUCUGGAGACGCUGCGCGGCCGCGACCGUACUUCGUACCGCUCCUUCAGCAGGUUCUUGGGCAGGCUCCUCCUCCUUGUCCUCCUCCCUCCGUAGAGUGUCCUCCGCCUGUCCAGCCGCAGUCACAGUUACCGCCUGCCUCGCCUCUCCCUGCUCCCUCUCCUUAUACUGGUCCCACAGGAGGUCUUACAGAGCGUCGUGAGCCUGAGUCUCGUCCUGCGUCGCCUGUUCGUCCUGCUCGCGCUGGUAGUCGUGUCCGUCGUGAGCGUCCUCCUCCUGUCCCAGGCACUCACUACAUGACUCUGCGUCCCUCUACUGCUCCUCGACGUGUCCCUCUACCGUCUCCUCCUGCGUCCUCUUUGCCUGCCGUUCCGGACCCUGAGUCUGACCGGUAUCGCGCUGAGCACCCUACAGUCACGCGUCUCCUAGCUACUGUUGUCACUGACCCUACCUUUGAGUCCUCGGCUGCGUCUGCUCUGGUCGCUGAGUUGGUUGACUUUGCUGCUGCCUGUCGUCUAGACUACGCUGCUAGCCUUGUUGCUGAGCCUGAGUCUGCGUCUGUCUGUCCUCCGUCCGUCGGGGAGGCGAUCUCGGGUCCCUACUCCUCUCAGUGGCAGACAGCCAUGGACGCAGAGAUGGCAUCCUGGAAGUCCACAGGCACCUACGUCGACGAGGUUCCCCCUCCUGGGGCGAACAUCGUCGAUGGCAUGUGGAUUUUCAGGGUGAAGCGGCCGCCAGGUUCUCCGCCUGUCUUCAAGGCUCGUUACGUUGCUAGAGGCUUCAGUCAGCGUCAGGGGGUCGACUUCUUCCAGACCUUCUCCCCCACCCCGAAGAUGACCACUCUUCGGGUUCUGCUGCACGUUGCUGCUCAGCGUGACUACGAGCUUCACUCUCUUGACUUCAGCACAGCGUUCCUGCAGGGCAGCCUGCACGAGGAGAUCUGGCUGCGCCGCCCACCUGGCUUUACUGGGUCGUUUCCUCCUGGUACCCAGUGGAGCCUCCGCCGGCCAGUCUACGGUCUCCGCCAGGCGCCACGAGAGUGGCACGACACACUGAGGACUACACUUGCGGCUCUUGGGUUCGCGCCGUCUACUGCUGACCCGUCGCUGUUCCUGCGCACAGACACGUCGCUGCCGCCGUUCUACAUUCUAGUGUACGUCGACGACUUGGUCUUUGCUACUGCUGACACUGAGGCACUCGCUCGUGUGAAGUCGGAGCUGCAGAAGAGACACACCUGCACUGACCUGGGUGAACUGCGUAGCUACCUUGGCUUGCAGAUCACCCGGGACAGAGCUCGCCGCACCAUCACCCUGACUCAGUCACACAUGGUGCAGCAGGUCCUUCAGCGCUUCGGCUUCCAGUUCUCCUCACCACAGGCCACACCUCUGGCUACCAGCCACUCGCUCUCAGCUCCACCUUCGGACGAGUCCGUAGAGCCGAGUGGCCCGUACCCAGAGCUUGUAGGCUGCCUCAUGUACCUGAUGACUUGCACGCGACCUGACCUCGCGUACCCUCUUAGCAUCCUUGCUCGUUACGUUGCGCCUGGGAGACACAGGCGAGAGCACUGGGAGGCUGCUAAGAGGGUGCUGCGUUACUUGUGCAGUACAUCAGGCAUGGGGCUGGUGCUUGGAGGACGCGACAGAGUUGUCCUCACUGGUCACUCGGACGCUUCUUGGGUGGACGACCUGGCUACGCAGCGGUCGUCACAGGGUUACACCUUCAGCCUUGGCUCUGGUUCUGUCUCGUGGCGGUCCACCCGCUCUUCCUCUGUUCUCGGCUCUAGUUGUGAGGCUGAGAUCUACGCCACAGCCAUGGCUGCACAGGAGUUACGCUGGCUCACCUACCUGCUGACUGACUUGGGAGAGCGGCCUAGUUCUCCUCCAGUUCUGUACGGUGACAACAAGGCGGCUCUUGCCUUGUGUCAGGAGCACAGACUGGAGCACAGGACGAAGCACAUUGCUCUUCGCUACUUUCUUGCUCGAGAGCUUCAGCAGCGCGGUCAGCUUCGGCUUGUGUACGUGGACUCGAAGGCCAACACUGCUGAUAUCUUCACCAAGGCGCUCCUGCCUAGUGAUCAUCAGCGGCACUCAUCAUCGGUCAUCGGUCAUCGGUCACCUGCACUUUCUGCACAUGUGCGAUCCUUCCGCGUUUUGGGGGUGGGAGCGCUCGUUUCGAGCGCUUCUCCUCCGCCGGGUCAUGUGGCUGCGCUUGUCUGGUCCUAUUACCAAGCCAGCAAGGGCGUGUAG